AUGGAACUUGAGCAUUUGAUUCAAGAAAAAAAGAAUGAGUACAACGCACUUCUCCAAGAACUCCAAUUUCUUCAAAAUUCUAUAGACCAAUGCCGCAUCAAGAGACGAGAAGAAGAAGAACUAUUGGAAUUGAAGCAUAAACAACUAGCUUCCAUUCGACACAAGUUGAACUUGAGUUACCAAGAUGUCGACUCUAAGAAUAGAGAGUUUGAUUCUCUAAGAAGGUCCAUGAGAGAAACAUACAAUGAAUUUGAUAAGAAAGACAGAAGACUUAGAGAAAAGGCUAAAGAUAUUGAAAAUCAAGAGAAUGAUCUCGAGCGUAAGGAGAUGAAUUAUCAAGUGCGAGUUAAAGUGCUUGAGAUAAAAGAAGAACGCUGCAAAGCAAUCAAGUCGAAAGAGAAGUUGUUUGAAGAAAGAGUGAAGGAUCUUGAUUUAAAGGAGGAGCAAUAUGAAGAAAAAGUGAAGGAACUUUAUUUGAAGGAGAAGAAAUUUGUAGAAGAACAAGUGAAUGUGCAUGAAGAGCGAGUAAAGGACCUUGAGUCAAAAGAGAAGCGAUUUGAAGAAAGAUUGAACGAGCUUUAUUCAAAGGAGGAGGAACUAGUAAAGGUGCAUGAAGGGCGAUUGAAGGAUCUCGAGUUGAAAGAGAGGCAGUUUGAACAAAGAGUGAAGGAUUUUGAUUCAAAGGAGGUGCAACGAGUGAAGGCACAUGAAAGACGAGUGAAGGAUCUCGAGUUGAAAGAGAAGAAGUUUGUAGAAAGAGUGAAGGAUUUUGAUUCAAAGGAGGUGCAACGAGUGAAGGCGCAUGAAGGACGAGUGAAGGAUCUCGAGUUGAAAGAGAAGAAGUUUGUAGAGAGUAUGCAGGAGCUUGAAUCACAAAAGGAGGGAUGUGAAAUCGAACGGAAGGAACUCAAAUCAAAGGAGGAGCAAUUUGAGGGAAGAAUGAAGAAGCAUGAAUCUAAUGAGAAGGAGUUUGAUGAAAGAGUGAAGGUGCUUGUUUCAAUGGAGAAGCAAUUUGAAGGACAAAUGAAAGAUCUCGAUUUGAAGGAGCGAAUUGAUGGAAGAAUGAAGGAUCUUGAUUCAAUGGAGAAACAAAUUGAGGAACAAAUGAAGGAUCUCGAGUCUAAAAAGAAUCGAUAUGAAGAGCAAGUGAGGAAACUUGAGUCACAAGUAAAGGAACUUGAGUUAAAAGAGAAGCAGUUAAAACUGCAAGUAAAGGAUCUUGAGACAAAACAGAAUCAGUUUGAAGACAAUAUUGAGAAUGUACAAUUUCUCAACAAUCUUGUCGAAAAACAUGAGUUGAUAUGUAGUCAGAUUUCUGAUGUUCUUCAAACAUCGCCUGAUCCUGCUAAACUGGUGUUGGAUACAAUAAAAGGUUUUCGUCCUUCUCAACACGAAAGAACAAAACGAAAUCUUUUGGUGGAUGAACUAAACAAAACUUCAUCAGUAAUUAGUUUUCAAGUGAAAGAAGAAGCAAUAAAAUUUGCAAGUGAGUGGAAGGCAAAUUUAGUUGAAGCUGCUAAGGAUUGUUUGGAAGUUCUAAAUUAUUUCAAGUUUGUUGCUACUUAUGACAUUGGUUCAUACUGCCAAGUCCCCCAAUUCCUCAGUGGUACAGAAUUGAAUGGCAAUGGCUUUUUAGUUCAUCUGCAAACAUCAUCAGAUCCAGCCGAACUUGUUUUGGAAAUGAUUCAGAAUCCUAUGCUUCGACGGGAUGAAGGCAUAAUUAUUGAUAAGGGCCAUAUCUGUCUGUUGGAUCAGCUGAUGAGAAUCUCGCCGCAAAUUAAACCCCAUGUACAAGAAAUGGCUAUGAAGCUAGCACUUGAGUUGAAAGAUAUCGCGUCAAGAAUUGCUGAAAGUUCUUUGGUGAUUUUGGGUUUUCUACUGCUUUUGUUUAAUUAUAGAUUAUUUUCUCGUUUUAAUUUCGACGAAUAUCAAGUUUUGAACCUUUUUGAGUUUGUUGCUCAUCACAAGGAAGCUGUAGAGCUGUUUCAGACAUUUGGUUUUGUUGACAAAAUCUCUGAUUUUGUUGAGAAUCUUAUUACGAAGCAACGGUAUAUUGGAGCUGUUAGAUUCAUUUGUGCAUUUAAGUUGGCUGACAAGUUCCAUCUAGUUAAUCUCUUGCUGCGACAACAUUUGGAGUAUACGAAACUGAAGGUUGUGGCCAGAGAUGUGGAAAUUGCUAGUCUCGGGGAUAUUCUUGAGUGCAUUUCGGAUUACAGCCUUGAAUCUCAGGAUCUAGUAAAUGAGAUUAGGGCACGGAUUUUUGUGUUAGAACAAGAAAAACAGAAGGAAAAUAUUGUUGACAUUGCAUCAAGCAGCACGAGUCAAGUUAGAGUGCAAAAACCUCAAGAAAAGAAACGCGGCUAUGAGGCAGUCCUAGCCAACAACAGCAAGCAUCCUAGGAUAGAUGUGCCUUCGUCUUCGUCUUAGGUCCUCAAUAAAAUAUACUAGUUAUUUUAAAUUUUUCAAGUGUGUAUAUUUGCCUUAUAAAUUAUUUUAUGUUUUCGAUAAAAUUUUGGGAGCUAACAUAAAAUUUCAGAUGCUCAUGCAAGGGAU